AUGAAAGCUGAUAAUAUUUUAACUUUAAAGAAUAGAAAAGAUUUUUAUUUGAGACGCAAUUAAGCAAUUUUGACAAAAUUAGAUAAAGAAAAGAAAGCUUUAGAUGUUAAAUAGACAUAAAGAGUUAAUAGGAUGUUGUAAAUCAGUUUUAUGGAUAUCGAAAAUUUUAGUAAUGUUAGUUAAUCCUAUGAAUUUAAAAGACAUAAAAAUGCAAAAAGUUUAAAUUCUAAUAGAGAUUAUUCUAUAUCUAGAAGUAAAAACUUCAAUUAGAUUUUUCAGAAUAAAAUUGAUUUAACUCCUAAAAUAGACAGUUGUAAUUACUGGUAUGAUUUCUAAUACAUUUGAGGGCAAAAAUUGUUUAUAAGUAGAGUAAACAUGACGCUGACAA